GAGAUCUGCCAAAAUGGCGAUUUUUAGCGUAUAUGUCGUGAACAAGGCUGGGGGGCUGAUUUACCAGUUGGAUAACCAGAGUCCGCGUUCGGAGACUGAGAAAACCUUUAGUUUUCCUUUGGAUCUGGUGCUUAAAGUGCACGAUGAGCGAGUGAUUGUGUCUUUUGGCCAACGUGACGGAAUUAAAGUUGGAUAUGCUGUUCUGUCAAUUAAUGGGAUUGAUGUGAAUGGCAGAUACACGGCAGAUGGGAAGGAAAUUUUGGAAUACCUUGGUAACCCUUCUAACUAUCCCUUGUCCAUUCGGUUUGGUCGACCUCGGCUCACUUCCAAUGAAAAGCUUAUGCUGGCUUCAAUGUUUCACUCAUUAUUUGCUAUUGGAUCUCAGCUCUCCCCUGAACCAGGAAGUUCUGGCAUUGAGAUGCUGGAAACUGACACCUUCAAGCUACACUGCUAUCAGACAUUAACUGGCAUUAAGUUUAUGGUUUUAUCAGACCCCCGCCAGGCUGGUAUAGACACUCUCUUGCGCAAGAUCUAUGAAUUGUACUCGGAUUAUGCUCUUAAGAAUCCAUUUUACUCUCUGGAGAUGCCCAUCAGGUCUGAACUCUUCGACCAGAACCUCAGGUCUACCUUGGAGGUAGCAGAGAAAGCAGGAACCUUCGGACCUAGUUCAUAAUCCUUCCCAGGACAAAACUGCUACUCCUUAACCCUGUACAAUUUUUAUUGAAGUGGCAGAGAAACUACAGUUUUUAAAAGGGACUUAAAUCUUUACAAGUGUUUUUCUGCUGGAGAUGUUGCCUUCUUGAGUGAAGAGCAUUGUGGCACACUGCAUAGACUGUAUAUAUUGUAAUAUUGAAUGCUUCAAAGUAUGUUAUUGUAAAAAUGAGUUGGAAGACAUUAUUUCUUCCUAAAAUGUUAUCUGCACUGAAAUGUUUAAUGUACUGUUUAACAUCUUGGUAAAAUAUUCAAUUAUUCUGUAAAUAAAUACUAAAUUCUAAAGUGA